CUGCAGCUAAGGUGGCGCGUCGGCGUUGAGGAGGAUGGAGGCGCCGCUGGUAAGCCUGGAGGAGGAGUUCGAGGAGGGGCCCGGGGACGAUGGGGGGACCCCGCAACGCGCUGCGGACCCGGCGCUGGCCGAGCUGGAGAGCUUCUCGGCGGAGAUGAUGAGCUUCAAGUCGAUGGAGGACCUGGUGCAGGAAUUUGACGAGAAGCUCACCGUUUGCUUCCGCAACUACGAUGCCGCCACCGACGGUCUGGCCCCCGUGCGGGGUCGUCUCCAGGCGCAGGAGGAGGAGGAGCGCCUCCAGGAUGAGGAGGUCUGGGAUGCUCUCACCGAUGGCUUCGCCCCCCGGGGCUCCCCCCAGCCCUGGCUGCUCCCCGGGGCUGAGGCCCCCGAUGGCACCGACCCCCAGCUCUGCGAGAAGGAGGAGGAGGAAGAGGAGCUCACCGAGAGGAGUGAGCAAGACUCGGGCAUCAACGAGGAGCCGCUGCUGACAGCUGAGCAGGUCAUUGAGGAGCUGGAGGAGCUGAUGCAGAGUUCGCCUGACCCCGAAGCCGACCCUGAGGGCGAGGAGGAGGAAGAGGAGGAGGAGGAGGAGGAAACCGAGGCCGAUGCUGAAGGCGGCGGCGGGGCCACGGAGCCCAUCCUUCUGCGUGAGCUGCGUGCUUUCUCCCCUGCCUUCAACAACAACUGCUCCCAUGAAGUUGCUCUGAGCACGGCAUUUAUGACACCGGGCAUUUCGCGCUUCAGCAUGGAGGGCAUCUCCAGCAUCCUGCACUCGGGCCUGCGCCAGACCUUCGGCCCCACUGCCAGCGAGAAGCAGUACCUGAACACGGUGAUUCCCUACGAGAAGAAGGGGUCACCCCCCUCCGUCGAGGACCUGCAAAUGCUCACUAACAUCCUGUUUGCCAUGAAGGAGGGGAACGAGAAGGUGCCCACACUGCUCACGGACUACAUCCUCAAAGCCUUCAUACACCUCUUGCGCAUCUCUGAUGCAUCCUUCAUGCAUCCUCUGUGA